AUGGUGAAGAAAAAAACAUUGAAUCUCUCUUCUCUUCUCAAAAACACAGACCUCAAAUAUUCAUCUUCAUGGCCAUGGCCUUAUUGUCACCAACCAAAAACACUUUCUUUUAGAGCUGAAAAUAACCAAGAUGACAUUAACACCACAUUCAAAAUCAUCAACUCAGCUUACUUGGAGCCUUCUCAUGAAUCUCUUUCUCCAAAAGCUUCUCUUGAUGACUCAGGAAAAACCGAUUCGACAGAACCCGUGAUUCGCGGGUUACCAUCUGAUCGGUUUUUCUUUGAGCCGGACGAGAGUAACUCCAUUUUAGAAGCUAAUAGUAAAGUUGUUGCACAAAGUGAAACUACUCAAAGUUUACCGUUCAAAGAUAGUGUUGUGUUAUCUAUGGAAUCUCAAGAUCCUUAUGUGGAUUUUCGUAAGUCUAUGGAGGAAAUGGUGGAAGCUCAUGAGGUUAAAGAUUGGGAGUGUCUUCAAGGACUUUUGUGUUGGUAUUUGAAGGUCAAUGAGAAAGACAAUCAUGGAUAUAUAGUUGGUGCUUUUGUUGAUUUAUUGGUUGAUCUUGCAUUUGCUUCGUCUUCGUCUUCCUUUUCUUCUUCGUCAUCUUCGUCUUCUCGUUCUCCGUUUUCUCCUUUAUCAUUUUAUAGUUCUUCUAUGUCUUCCUCUUAUAGCACUCGAUGCGCUUCGUGUUCCGCAGUUCGCGAAGAAGAGGUGGAUACUUCUAGUUCUUCCUUGUUAUUAGAACAAGUUAGGGAAGAAAAUGGCGAAGAUGAAAUUGAAGUUUUAGAAACUGAAAUUUCAACUUCAUCUUCGUCAUUAUCAAGUAAUUAUUGA